AUGAACCUCUUCCUUGUUUCCUCAAUACUCUGCCUCGCAUGCAGUUUGCUCAUCUCAUUAGCAACAUCCCUAACUCAUGCCUCUUCGCUGGGUCAUGUGACCGUGAUGUCAGCAUCGGGAGAAGAGCUUCAAAGCGCAGCAGGCGAGGAAUCAGAGACAGAGGGCGGAGCUUCAGGAGUGUUUACAGAAGCACCACAAAUCAGAGGUCGAGGUGGGCGAAAGAAACAUGGUGGUAGGAAGAGGAAUAAACUGCAGAUUGUAAGACAGAGGAUCAGCACACCUGCACAGAACCUCACCCACAGCCCCGCCCACAACCCCACCCACAGUUCCACCCACAACCGCGGUCACAAUCACAACCACAGCGCUCAUCCUGACCCCUGCAGCACCUCUCACAGAGAGUACUGUAUCCACGGUUACUGCACUUAUCUACAGGACCUGAAAGAGCCCGUCUGUGUGUGUAUGAGGGGGUAUGAUGGUGUGCGCUGUGGGAUCCAGUUGCUACAGACGGGUUCAGGUGGGCGAGACCAGAACAGCACAGACACCCUGCAGAUCAGCCUCAUCACCAUCAGCAUCGUGCUGUCAAUCAUCAGCUGCUCCGCCCUCCUCAUCAUCAUCUGUGUCCAUUACAGAGCUCAGCAGAGUGUUUCCGCAGCAUUUCUCGGUGCCACUGAGGAGACCAAAAAGCUCCAGAGCAAGAAAAUCGGUGUGUGA